UUGCAUUCGUAUACAAAUAAGACUUAAAUUGUCUCCCAUAGCAACAGUGUAAACAAACAAGAAUUCGAUUUAUCAGAGCAUGACAUGUCUUGUAAUCACGUGUUGAUUAAUAUUUAGCGUGUCCGAACGAAAGAAGUGGACAAGAGUAAUUGCGUUGUUUAUUUUAUUUUAACUUGAAGCAGGAAUUUGUAUAGGAAGAAGAUCAAAAUCUGUUCAAAUCAUGUCGCAGGAGGGUCAGUCUGUGGAAUUGCAACAAAUCGGUGAAAACAAUGAAAAACCAGAGUUUGAGCCGGAGUCCAAUACAGGAGAAGCACAGGCAUCAGGCACAGCCGGCGUGGAAGGCACAGACAACCCUGCGUACACACCACAGGAUGACGGUCCACCCGUUGAAGAUAUCCCUCCACCAAUGACUUUUGUUGACUUCCUGCCGUUAUUGUUAGAGUCUGCAGAAUCUAAUAAUGACACCCCUAUGUAUGCUGAAUUUAGCACAGUGUUGGAGCAGGCCAACCAAUGGCUCAAGGGUAAUCCUGCAUUUAAAGCAAUGAAGUUGGAAUCUAUAAUCAAGAAAAUGGCAGAUAGAGAUGUGGUAGAUCUUGACCAGGUGGUUCAUCAUGAAAGCACCUAUGGUGUGAAUAAAUAUCUGCGGGGACUAAGGUUAUGGCUGGCACCUCGGUUAGAUAGCAGCGAACCUGUGCAGGAAAUUGGUUACCUGACAACACUGCCAGAACCUGUCGAUGAAUCUAAUGCAGAGGCUGUCCUGUCAAUGUUCCGUCCAUCAAGGUUCAGGGUAGGAGGAGGCGUACCUUCUUACUGCGGCAUGAAUGAUAUGAUGUUACAAUUGAACAAAUUUCUAAAGAAGAAACCAAUUCCAGGUUCUAUAUUGAAUGUGGAAACUGUAAAAGUGAAAUAUGAUGAUCAAGGAAGCAAAUGUUUAGAUACCGAGAAAAUGUGUUGGGCCGACUGCGGUAAAGAAGACAGGAUCUACAUAUAUGCAAUAAGAUUAUACUAUGUGGCUGGAAAGCCGGCAUUUGAAACCCUAGGAUACCACGAUGAGAUUCCAGUAUGUAUCAACAAUUGGGAGCUAGUCAGUAAAAUCAGGUUCUGUCCGUUCACACAGGUGGUACAGAGAGCCAAAAACUGGCUUAAAACACAGAAGGGUAUAAGAGUGGUCAACAUGCAGACUGUUGAAAUAUUUAGUGACCGAACAAACAAAGGAGAGGCGAAGGUACAUCAUGAUAUAUCUGGUCACGGUGAGGCGGCCGGACAAGACACACAGUUUGCACGUGUUUUGCGACUUUUCUUUAUACAGGAUUCUAAAAGUACAGAGUGUACCUAUUCUGCACUGAACCUGACAACGAGACUGUUUAUCCCAUCACGGCAUGGACAAUGGGGCAAAAACUGUGAAACUUUCUCAAAGACUAUGCAGAGAGUCAUCACCUGGCUUCAAUUAACAAAAACACCGAUAUUUGGAGUGGAGACAGUGAACUACCAGUUUUCUCCGGAUAGUUACGGUACCGGCGUUAGAGAAAACGACGCCUCUAUCUCGCUUGUAGCAACCUCCGGCAAAUAUUUCAUCACCACCGUCAGAUUGUAUUUCCCAUGUGAGUUCGAGGAACCCGAUCCGGAAUUACUUCCCCAUGAGGAGGAGGACCAAGGAUGGUGGGCGUGCACAGUCUCCUAAAUCUGUCAUUUGAUUGGUUGAUUUGGUAAACGGACAGUUCUGAUUGGCUGUAAAGAUGUGUGAUAAUUUAUUUCAAAUGAGAAAAAAAUGCUAUGAGAUUAAAUUGAUAUUUGGCUGAUAAUAAUACAGGAGAAAAUGCCAGUGGAUAUACUGUUGUACUGUGAAGAAUAAAACAUUUCAAUAUUAUACAUACAAGCUUUCUGACAAAAAGGCAUUUAAUCCUGGAUGAAAUGUGGAUCAAUUUUUCUGAAAUUCCCAAUAUUCAUUCCUCAAGAUGCUUGUAUGUGAACAACUCAUAAACAAAAAAAGCGAACAAUACAUAAAUAAAGAAAGCAAACAAUAUACAUGUAAUUAUAAAGAAAAAGUGAACAGUAUAUAAACAAAAAAAAGAACAAUAUAUGAACAAAAAAGUGAACAAUAUAUAAACAAAAAAGCGAUAAACAACUCCUGUGUAUUUCAUUCAUACAUUUAUGUUUACAUGUUUCCAACGCUCACCAGACUGUGGACUUGUGGUAAUAUAAUGUUACACAAUCAAAUCCGGCAAUACAAUUGACUAGAAUUGAACACAUAUUCCCGAUGUUAUUGAUAUGAUUAGAUAGAAGUAACUCAACAACCUGUUAGAGUACAACCUGUGCAAAGCAACACCCCUUCAGCAGUCAAAUAUUUUGGUUGUUGCCUGAGAGGUAUUGCUUUGGAGAGGUUAUAUUGAUAUCAGUUCUUUGGGAGUAAAAAAGGACAUUUUUUACAUAGGGUUGCUGGGUAUGUGUUUCACUGUACAUGAAAAAUAUCCCCAGUCUUCAUUUUUAAGCUAUUAUGAUAUAUAACAUUUUUAUUCCUAUAUUAAGUUAUAUAUCAAAUAUUUUCAUAAUUUUUAUAUCUUUUGUUUCCGAUGAUUGAUGCAUACUCCCAGAUGAUUUUUGAAUGAACUGUUCUUAUAUUUUGUUAUUAUAAUCCCAAAAUCUUCAAAUGAACUGUUCCAAA